AUGGCGGGCUUUAAACCAGCAACCAAAGCCAUAAUCAUCCUCCUGUUCAUUUUCCUACAAUUCUCUGCAAUUUGUGAAUCAGCCACCCUGUCAACAAGUUCCAGGUGGAUAGUCAAUCAAGGAACCGGAAACCGAGUCAAACUCACCUGCGCGAACUGGGCGGGGCAUUUACAGGCGAUGGUUCCAGAAGGGCUGGAGAAGAAGCCGGUGAGCUACAUAGCGAGCCAGAUAGCCAAGCUCGGCUUCAACUGCGUGCGGCUCACGUGGGCCACGUUCAUGUUCACCAGGCCGGAAUAUUCCAACCUGAAAGUAUCGGCAGCCCUGGAUAAGUACAACCUGGCGGCGGCGAAAUCUGGAAUCGGGAAAAACAAUCCGCAGUUUCUGGAGAUGAGUGUAAUAGAUGUUCAGAAAGCUGUGGUCGGUGAGCUUGGUAAGAAUAAUUUGAUGGUGGUGCUCGACAACCACGUCAGCCUGCCGGGGUGGUGCUGCGGUGAUGACGACGGUAACGGGUUUUUCGGCGACGCUAAUUUCGAUACGAAUGAAUGGUUGCAGGGUCUUACUGCUGUGGCCAGGAGUUAUAAGGGCAAUCCCGCGGUUGUAGCCAUGAGUUUGAGAAACGAGUUACGAGGCAAUCGGCAGAACACGAACGACUGGUACAAAAACAUGGCAGCUGGCGCUCAAACAGUUCACACACAAAACCCUGAUGUUCUCAUCAUCGUGUCGGGACUUUCCUACGAUUCCGACCUCAGUUUCUUAAAGCAACAAGAUCUCCAAUCAGGCAUAAACAACAAGAUAGUGUACGAAGCUCAUUGGUACGCGUUCGGCACCGGUCCAGACAAAUGGGAUGCUCGAACAAACCAGCUAUGCGCCGAUUUUACCAAAAACGCUCGAGAUAAAUAUUUUUUCUUGACAACAAAAGAAAACCCGUACCCGUUAUUUUUGAGUGAAUUCGGUAUAGAUCAAAGGGGUACGAACGAGGCGGAUAAUCGGUACAUAACUUGCUUGCUGGCGGCAGUGGCGGAGAUCGAUAUCGAUUGGUCGUUAUGGGCUAUUCAGGGAAGCUAUAUUCUUCGAGAGGGGAACGCUGAUGUUGAAGAGACGUAUGGAGUUAUGAAUUUCAAUUGGGAUGGUCCUAAGAAUCCUGCUUUCGUAGAUCGAUUGCAAAUUCUAAAACAGGUGAAUCAAGGGGCGAAUUCGAAGAACCCGGGUUACUACAUAAUGUUGCACCCUCAAAGUGGGAAGUGUGUGCAAAUUGGCAAUAAUAACAGUGUUCGACUAGCCGACUGCAAAACGGCGAGCCGGUGGGAUCAACACCAAGACGGUGGUCCGUUGAAGUUGUCGGGGAGUUCACUGUGCCUUGCUGUGGCGGGAGAUGGUGGUGCAACUAGUGUUUCCGAUAAUUGUACGAGUAAGUGGAAGUAUGUAUCGAGCUCCGGCCUUCAGUUGGCUGCUCAAGAUGGAAUGGGGAAGUAUUUCUGCUUGGAAAUGAACGGCUCCGAUCACUCCACCGUUAUUACCAAGAAAUGUCUGUGUGUUGGAGACGAUCUUGGCGAUUUUUCGACAUGUGCUGAUAAUCCACAAGUGCAGUGGUUUAAGCUUGUUCCUGCAAACGUGUAA